CAUGUACUUGUUUUCCCUAUCAUGGCUCUCUGUAAAUGAACACAUCUCAUUCUCAAACAACAUUCCAUUGCUCCUCAUUCUUGUGUGCUCUUUGGCUGGAGUUGCAAUGCAGCUUCACAUCUCUCCAAGUUUGAGGCAUGUCACUGUGUUUCCUGGGAAAGGAGUCAGGGAGUUCAUCAAAGUGAAGGUCACUUCCAGAAGACCUUCUUACAGAAUGGUCUUCUAUUCUCUUCUUUUUGUGACCUUCUUGCUUCGCUUUGUCUUUGUUCUCACCGCCAUGGAUACUAUUGAAGGCGAAACACAGUGCACUUCCUUAGGUUGUGUUGGAAAAAGACUUGGACCAAGAUUCUGGGGAAGGAGGCUUGAAUCAAUAAAAGUUCCUGAUGAGAUAUAUAGAGUUUUAGAAGAAGGUGGUGAUGAAGAAGAGUUGCUGAUUGAACCUGACACCACUCCACAAACAUUGGAAGAUUUCAUCUCUGAGAUGAAAUCCAACAGAUCAGAUGCUAAAACUUUUGCAUUGAGACUCAAAGCCAUGGUCUUACUACUAGAACAGAAGACCCGGACGGCAAAGAUCCAUGAGUAUCUUUACCGCCACGUGGCAUCCAGCAGCAUCCCCAAGCCACUGCACUGCCUCGCAUUGAAGCUCGCCGAGGAGCACUCCACCAAUGCCGACGCUCGCCGGCCGUUGCCGGCGGCGGAGCGCGUCGCCGCCCUGGUGGACAACACGCUCCGCCACUUCGUCCUGGCAUCCGAUAACGUGAUAGCCGCCGGCGUCGUGGCAGCAUCCAUCGUCCACAAUGCUCUCCGGCCAUCCUCCGUCGUGAUACACGUCAUCACUGAUCGGAAAACGUACUCCGCCAUGCAGGCGUGGUUUUCUCUUCAUCCAUUGGAGCCGGCGGUGGUGGAAGUGAGAGGACUUCAUCACUUCGAUUGGUUCACCAAAGGGAGGGUUCCAGUUCUAGAGGCAAUGGAGAAGGACAGAAAUGCACGUUCUCAGUUUCGCGGCGGCUCAUCGGCGAUCGUCGCCAACAUCAGCGAGAAACCAAUCGUUGUGGCUGCCAAGCUGCAAGCUCUCAGCCCAAAGUAUCACUCCAUCAUGAAUCAUAUACGUAUACACUUGCCUGAGUUGUUUCCAAGCCUUAAGAAGGUGGUAUUUUUAGAUGAUGAUAUUGUUGUUCAAGCUGAUCUUUCUCCGUUGUGGGAUAUUGACUUGAAAGGGAAAGUCAAUGGUGCAGUAGAGACAUGCAGAGGAGAAGAUAAGUUUGUGAUGAGAAAGAGGUUGAAGAAUUAUCUGAAUUUCUCCCACCCUUUGAUAGCAGAGAAUUUUGAUCCUCAUGAAUGUGCAUGGGCUUAUGGUAUGAAUGUUUUUGAUCUUGAUGCUUGGAGAAGGACUAACAUCAGUCUCACUUACCACCAUUGGCUUCAAAAGAACUUGAAAUCAGAUUUGAGCUUGUGGCAGUUAGGGACUUUGCCACCAGGUUUGAUUGCAUUUCAUGGGCAUGUUCAUGUGAUUGAGCCUUAUUGGCAUAUGUUGGGACUUGGAUACCAAGAGAACACUACAGUUGCAGAUACAGAGAAGGCAGCAGUGAUUCAUUUCAAUGGCAGAGCUAAGCCUUGGUUGGACAUUGCAUUCCCACAGCUCAAGCCUUUAUGGACAAAGUACAUAGAUUUCUCAGAUAAGUUUAUCAAGGCUUGUAAUAUAAGAGCUUAUUAAUAUGGAGCUGAGAAUGAGGUGAAGUUUAGAUAAAGGAAAGAAGAAAAAAACUGAGAGAUCAGAGCUGGCUGUCCUCUUCUUUUCUCUUGUGAUGAGAGAUUCUUUUUUCUUUUGAAAUUUAGGAUCAUGUUUGUGAAUAGAGUUGGAAAAAAAAAUUUGUGUUUUGUUCUGAAACUUUUGUAUAAUGAAUUCCCAACUGAAAGGGAUUCUCUGUCAAUCUCA